AUGUGGAUCUUUUUUUGGAGCGAGCUGCGAGGUGUGCUGCUUAUUUCCCCUGAUGAAAUAGUGGAGCAAUAAUCCCCCGAGGUAAUUUUUAAUCCGAAUUCUUUGGGCAUCCGAACAACUUUUGAGAGUCUAGAUUCAAACGGGCCGUGCUCCCCUCCUUCUUCUACCAACUCUUACAUACACAGGUAAGCGUUGCUGAACUCAGUAACCUUCACCUCCCUCUCCUCGCAUCGCCCCAAGUCAGCGCCCGGGAGCGACGCCAGAUUCCCGAGUCUCGUGACAUCUUCUGUCUUCAUUGCCUCCCGGCCCUGCAAACUCUCGUGCUUUUUAAAUACACGCUGAGAUCCUCAGUCCUCCUUAAACUAGCGGGCUGCGGUUGUGCGCUGCAAAUCCGGCGUUUUUACUCGGGAGUAAAAAAACCCCCACCGCACUUGCUUCGCAAACAUGCAAAGGAGGUUUAGGAUCCUUUCCAAAUCUCUCCAGGGAACCCAACCGAUUUAAGCGCAAAACGGCUUGCAGGAAAGCGUUCUUCCAAGCACACGCCCCGCCAGAAUUUGCAGCAAAUUGGGGCGAGGGGCGGCGUUUGCACUGCGAAGGCGUCGCUUCCGAAACGGAUCUGCGAAGUCUUUUGGCUUGCACUCCCUAGUCGGAAGUGAGCCCCAUUAAAACUCGACGGGGCUUUACUCCCAGGUAAAGAAGUGUGCAAUGGAAAGCAUUGCAUGUUCGUCAAAUUAUCCACACAAGUGGCAAACCGCCAGCAGUGAGCUCUCUAGACGGAUUAUAUCCCCCAAAUAGCUUUUUUUUUUUUUUUUUUUUGCAGUGCGGAAGAAACCGAGGCGGAUCCUGAACAAAACGCUCCCACACACCCCAAGAAGACAGAGUUUGUGUGCAGGUGUGUGUGUAAACAUCAGCCAACGGCCGCCGACUAGACGGCACCGCGAGGCCCCGAUCCCUUGCACGCCUUACUCGCAAGUAAGCCCCACUGAUUCCAAAGGGGUAGCAAGCUUGCGCACCGGCCUUGCAGACGCCGGCUAAGGCGCACGGAAAAGCAAGCCAGCGCUGCUUCUCCGGGGAAGUGCAGGGGUGCGCGCGCGCGCGCAAUAUACACAUAUACACAACCCAGCAGCUCUGCAGGGCGCGCGGCUCGCUCGCCACUACACCUCCCGACUUUUACUAUGUUUACUUCCGCCGGCCCCGUGCGGCGGGCGCGCGUAACGUAAAGAAAGAGGCGGCCGGGCUGAAUUAAACCGGCCCAGCGUCAGCUGCUGCCGUUACCGCCCCUCCUCCCCGCGCCUUUAACGCAGUGCAGAGCGCGAGCUGCGGGCGCGCCUCUUGCAAAAGAAACCCCCCCUUCCUUCUCUCCCCAUUGCUUUUUGCCAGCCCGAGACCCCUUCCCCAGUCGACCCCCCACUUCUGGCCGCCGGCUUCCGAGCCUUUCCCCGCCGCCACCCCCGGGUGGAGCGAGGGAGCGAGCGGGGAAGGCGGUACCCCCCCUCCCCUCUCCAAGACGCGCGUUUCCUCCUCCUCCUCGUCUCCUCCCAGCUCCUUGUUGCAGCCCGUAUGCAAACCUCGGCUCCACAGUUGGCGGGAAAAAGGAGGCGGAGCGCUUAGCCCGGCAAACCUAUAAAAGGCCUGGCGCGCUGGAGUCAUCACUACUUUGCUUUCGCAGAGCCGAGGGGAGGGUCCGGCUCGGCUUGGGAAAGGUGCCGCCGCCGCUGCUGCCGCUACUACUACAAUCUUACUACUGUUGCCGCCGCUGCCGCCGCCUUUGCGGGGAAGAAAUAAAUAAAUAAAUACCCCACCGAGGGCGCGCGCCUGUCCGCCGUCACCCCGCUGCGCGCGCCUCGGCGCGCCCCCCUUACCUAUUCCUUCUCUUACAUCCCAGGGCGCUGCUCCUUUUUUAUAUAUAAUUAAAGGCUUAUUUUUUGGACUCUUGAAAUCCAACGCGCACUACCAAGAACUCUUCGAACCCGGCUUGCUGCAUCGCUCCCUGGGAUUUACAACCGAGAUCUUUGGACGGACUGCUUUUGCUUUUUUUUUUGCUUUUUGAGGGAUUUACAAGGAAAGGGGGGGGGGCCGAGCAGAUUGCCGUCCCCCACUUGGUGGCUUUUUUCUUUUUAAACCUGCGUUCGUUGGCUCCCCUUUUCUCAUAGAUAUAUCCGCAACGUCCCAAAUAAUCGACCCGCUGUCUUUUUUAGCCGGGACCUGGGAGGAACCGGUAAGUCCGGCUUAUUAUUAUUAUUAUUAUUAUUCUGCCAGGAUCUCUCUGGCUUGCUCUUUCUUGGUGCGUGUGGAUUUUUUUUUGAGAGGCGGGAUAUCUGAAUUUCGCUUAGGCGAAAGUGAUCGGUUGUCUCCAGCGUGUCCGAGAGUAGCAGCCCGGCUCGCAUUUUAUUUAUUCCUCUUUCAAAGGAGGCGGGCUCCCAGCGAGCUUUGAGAAGGGGGAUUUUGCUGAAGAGCUAAUUUUGCAUUGUUAGUACUGUAGUGGACCUAGAUUUCUUGGGGGAAGCGUCAAGAUAUACCGCUUCCUCUCCUGUUGAAGCUUUGCAUUGAAAUUGCAUUUGCAAGCUGCUAGUAAUUUGUUCUUGCGCUUCGCGCGUGGAGAGGUUGGGGUGGGGACCCAGUUUCAGGAAAAUUGGGGGGGUCUCUCUUAAUCCCCCGCCCGCCUGCCCCGGGGUGGAGAGGAGGGGAGGUUCAUGUGUUGCGCGGUCCUAAGAGGACUCUUGCAGAAAGGUUGCUUCGAACCCGUUUUGGGAGGAAGGAAAAGGGAGACCUUAAGAGGAAACAUUCCUCUUGGCGGACGCAGGAUCCUUCGCCAGGGCGCCGCCUGGGUUAAUACCCCCGGAUAUACUCCAGUGGGGCAGACGGGGGGAGGUACGACGGUACCUCGGGGCGCUUGUACUCCGAAGGGGCGGGGAGCCGGAGCGCCGCAGGCUCGUGGGGGCGGCAGGAGAUGGGAGUGAAUCCCAAGUGGAUUUUUUUUUUUAAGGUGGCGCCGGUUCGAAUCCCGGGGACUCUCGGAUUGAGCCGGAGUACUCAUUCACAGAGCAAAUUUAUGCGUGUCUCGUCGGGGGUGGGGGGUGGGUGCCUGACGGGGCCUCGCUUGGCGUGGGUGACACUAGAUACCGGAUCCUUUCCCCCCCCCCUGUGUCCGAGGUAUAGGCUCGCAAUGCAUUGUGCGUUCGGGACGGCUCUCACCGCGCAUUGCGAUUUUCGGUGCGCGCCGACGGUGGGGGCUGCCUGGCGGCCGCGGGUGGGCGUUUUGCUUCGGAAAGGAGGCGGGAGCCGGGCUCUGGCAAGCCCGUUCCUCCUCCUCACGUCGAAGGCGCUUUAGCCGACGGGUAGCAGGGAACUCAACGAAGCCGCCUUAUCAGCGUCGGAAGCGGAGGACGCGUUGCAUUGAACUGAGCGGGGAAACCUGGCGAGGGUGUCGCCGUGCGCCCCGGCUCUACCAGCCGGGAUGACCCUCGUUAACUUGGGGGGGCGCUGCCUUCCUGACUUGUCUCUUAGGUAACUCGUACUCCCCGCCCCCCAUUUCCAGGCGUUCUCAUGCGCCUCGACGGUUGUGCAUGCAGACGCGGAGUAGUUAGUCCGGGUUACUUUACCCCGCUAUUUUGUGUGCGUGUGUUUUGCGGAGUCAGUCGGAGAGGGGCAUGCAUGGGAUCGGGGCCCCCGCAGCAGCCCACAGCUAACCGGUUCCCCGUCUUCUCCCCGCCCCUUUUAGGCACUGUCCCCAGCCACCAUGCCUCUGACGGUGCCCAGCUUCAGCCGGGCAUACGAUUACGACUAUGACUCGGUGCAGCCGUACUUCUACUUCGAAGACGAGGAGGAGAACUUCUACCUGACGGGGCACCACCGCGGCUGCGAGUUGCAGCCGCCCGCGCCGUCGGAGGACAUCUGGAAGAAGUUCGAGCUGCUUCCCACGCCGCCUCUGUCGCCCAGCCGCCGCUCGAGCUGCUUCCCGUCCAGCGCCGACCAGCUGGAGAUGGUGACGGAGCUGCUGGGCAGCGACGUGGUCAACCAGAGCUUCAUCUGCGACCCGGGCGACGACGCCUUCGUCAAGUCCAUCAUCAUCCAGGACUGCAUGUGGAGCGGGGGCUCCACCGCCGCCAAGCUCCAGCAGGUCGUCUCCGAGAAGCUCGCCUCCUACCAGGCCGCCCGGAGGGACGGCGCGGCCGCGGCGCGCAGCGGCAGCCUCCCGCAGCCUUCCCCGACGGCGCCCGCCGCCGCUUCCUCCUCCUCGGCUUCCUCGUCCGCUGCCUCUUCCGCCGCCGCGUCUCCCAGCAGCGCCUACCUGCAAGACCUGGGCGCCACGGCUGCCGAGUGCAUCGACCCGUCCGUCGUCUUUCCGUACCCGCUGAGCGAGAAGCCCCCCAAAGUUGAGGCCGCCUCCCCGGAGCCUAGCCCGGCUCCCUUGCUGGUUCAGGACACGCCGCCCACCACAAGCAGCAGCAGCGACUCUGGUGAGUAGCAGCGAUACUGCCCCCUCUGGACAUCCUUUCUUUUUUGGGGGGGGGGAGGUUAGUGCAUUGACUGCAGUGACCCUAAAUAUGCAGGUGGGGGGGGUCCAGAGUUGGAGAGGAGGGCUGAGCAAUUUGGGGGUGUGGGGGUGUGUGGAGAGCAUGGCUAGACACUUGGUUAGGAUUAGAAAGGCGUGAAAUAUUGGGUGUUUGCCAGUUUCCAAGCGGUUAGGGGAAUUGGAAAGGGGGGGUGAAGCCACUUUCCUUUCGUGCAGACUGAAGGUUGCAGCCGGUGCUGGCCCUCCUCAGAGUAGACCCAUUGAGAUGAAUGGAGGUGGCUGGCUUGGUUCCAUUGAUUUCAUGGGGUCUGCUUUGAGGAGGGACCUAGCUGCAUUCCACCCUCAGGCUGUUCCCACCCCCACACUGAUCAAAGGUGUGCACUGCAAAUCUCCCUGCAAAAGCAUCUGCAGGCCCAAAGUUAUCUGUUACCUCCUCCUGGCCCUCCUACAAUCCCAUCUCCAGCCAACUUCACCCAGGGCAUAUGAAGUGGUCAGCUGCCUUUUAGCAGGAAAAAAAGGUGCAAUGAAGUCCUCAUUCUAGCCAUUCGUCAUCCCUGGCCCCUCUUAUUGGAGGGUUGUGUGUUUGUGAAUGAAUGUUCCCAUUGUGCAGAUGGGAACACUGAUCCUGAGCCCUAAGACUUGGAAGGAUUUGAAACCUAGAGAUAUGACUGUUAAGUCAUAACUGCAUCCUAUCCAGGCUUAAUAAACUGUGGAGGAGAGAGGAACAAACUCUUGCUCUGUGAAGUUAGGUUUGACUGUGAUAUUCAGUAGUGACAUACAUUUUAAAAGGAAAACUCUGUUCAGAGAAUAAAAGGCCUUGACUCUCUCCUUUACCUGCUUUGCAAAUGUUUUGGUAUCGGGGACUUUCCCUGGAGGGGUGGCUGGCUGGGGAGAACAGCUAACACAUUAUUUUUUUCUGGGUUUGUUCACACUGGAACUUCUGUUAAACCUUUGAGAUAGCUAAAUCCUAAUGGAAUGCGUUGUAUUUCUUUUCCGCCAUGCACUGGCUGAUAGGAAUAUCUUCGUCUUUCCUUCUCCCCCCCUCCCUUCCAAUUUAAAAAAAUAAUAAUUUCAAGUUCCUCCCCCUUCUAGCAUAUGUGUGUGUUCUCAUCUCUUUUUCUCCUUCCAUUUUUAAAAAAUGCCACGUUAGCAACACACAUGGCUGGGCUUCCCAGGAAUUGAAUUUCCUGGAGAAAGUCGACCAGGGAGGAAUGGGGGAAAGGAGGCAGCCCCUGCUGCUUAGAUUUCAUAAUGGGGUCAGGGCAGGUCGUUGGAGCGGGAAUUUUAAACCCACGGGCUACCCUGCAAUCAAAUAUAUCUCCUACUUGUGUUUCCCAUGUGGUGGUGGAGAGUAAACUGAGAGAGAGUUAGGGAGCGCAGUUCAACAGGUGCAGAGAAAUUUCUGGGGUGGAGUAGGAGAAAGUUUUCAAGGUGCUCCGAAGAAUCCCAGCCUGCGUGUUGUGUAAGCUUUUAAGGGCGCGGCUGCAUCACCUUCAAGGCUGUCACUCUCCUGCCUUGAGCGCUUGCAUCAACCUGUCCCAAUUCUCACAGUGCAUCUUUUCCCAACGCAAGCAGUCCUGACCUCCUGUAGGUACCAGGCUUGACAUGUCAUGUGUGAACAGGGCCGUUGGGGGCAUGGCCAGCAGCAGCCGUUUUGGGGUGCUUUGCCAGGAAUUCCUGCCUUCCCUAAUGGGGAUCCUCCUGUUCUUAAGAUCUGUUAGUGGAGGCAAGCUAAGGGGGUUUCCUUCCGUGGGCAAAAUGCUGAACCAAACGCUCGCCUUCUGUCUUUGGUGAACUGCUGUUCCAGAAUUGUGCAAUCCUGCAAUUUCAACAUAGGGAGAUCUGAAAGCCAGGAGACAGUUAACAGUCCUCUGAGGAGUGCAAUGCCAUCUAAACAACCAUCUUUCUUUUGUUGCAUAACAAAAUUACAGUUCCUAGCAAGAAGGGGAGAAUGCAGACUUGCUCCUGAAAGCAGAGCAAUAUCCCGCCCCCCCGCCCCGGCUUGGUUUAAAGCAGGGUUUUCCCAGCUGUUUUUGGACUACAACUCCCAUCAUCCCUAGCUAGCAGGACCAGUGGUCAUGGAUGAUGGGAAUUGUAGUCCAAAAACAGCUGGGAGACUCCUGGUUUAAGAAGACGAACUCCCAUCAGUCCAAGCCAAUAUGGCCAAUGGCCAGGGAUGAUGGGAGUUGUAGUUCAGCAACUCUCCAACCUGUGAGUCAGGAAUAUUGAGCUGGGUGGAGCAAGGUUGUUACCACUGUUCUGGGGAUAAGCCAUGCAAUAUUGAGUAGAUACUUCUGUUGCCUAAAUCAGGGUUUCCCAAACUUGGACCCCCAGCUGUUUUUGGACUACAAUUCCCAUCAUCCCUAGCUAGCAGGACCAGUGGUCAUGGAUGAUGGGAGUUGUAGUCCAAAAACAGCUGGAAACACUGGUUUAACUUGUAUAACUGUAAAUAGGCUGUUGUUGUUUUAAAAAAACUUACCUUGUUUUUUCUUGUGUUUCUCUUUUCCCCCAGAAGAGGAAGAGGAGCAAGAAGAGGAAGAGGAGGAAGAAAUUGAUGUGGUUACAGUAGAGAAAAGGCAGCCCGCGUCGAGGAAAUCGGAGUCCGGUACGCACAGGAAGCCCCACCACAGUCCCCUGGUCCUUAAGCGGUGUCACGUCCCCAUCCACCAGCACAACUAUGCUGCCCCUCCGUCCACCCGCGUCGAAUACCCGUCCGCCAAGCGGCUAAAGUUGGACAGUGGCCGAGUCCUCAAACAGAUCAGCAACAACCGCAAAUGCUCAAGUCCGCGCACCUCGGACUCCGAAGAGAACGACAAGAGGAGGACGCACAACGUCUUGGAGCGCCAGCGGCGGAAUGAGCUGAAGCUGAGCUUCUUCGCCUUGCGAGACCAGAUCCCUGAAGUAGCCAACAACGAAAAGGCCCCGAAAGUCGUCAUCCUCAAGAAGGCCACGGAGUACGUCUUGUCCAUCCAGUCGGACGAGCAUAGACUGUUAGCCGAAAAGGAACAACUGCGGAGGAGGCAGGAGCAGUUGAAAAGCAAACUCCAGCAGCUCAGGAACUCUUGUGUUUGA